GCGCGUCCCGGGAGGGCGCGUCCCGGACAAGCGCGCGCUCUGGAAGCAGGAGUGUCCCCUGUGGGUGGGCGCGUCCCCGAGGGGAAGGGCGCAGUCUAGGGGCGGGCUCUCCUCGGCCCCACCCUCGACCGCGUCCCCCCGCCCCCCGGCGCCCCCCGCGCACCCAGCCGGGACCGAGCCGACCGCGCGCCAUGGAGACGCGAGAGCGGCGGCGCCGGCAGGCUCGGCUGCUGCUGAUGUUGCUGCUCUGCGGUGGGUGUCCCCGAGUGGGUGGCUGCAACGAGACUCGCAUGCUGGAGAAGCUGCCCCUCUGCGGGAAGGCCUUCGCCGACAUGAUGCACAAGGUGGACGUCUGGAAGUGGUGCAACCUGUCCGAGUUCAUCGUGUACUACGAGACCUUCACCAACUGCACGGAGGUGGAGACCAACGUGGUGGGCUGCUACUGGCCCAACCCCCUGGCACAGGGUUUCAUCAGCGGCGUCCACAGGCAGUUCUUCGCCAACUGCACGGUGGACAGGACGCACUGGGAGGACCCCCCGGACGAGGUUCUCAUCCCGCUCAUUGCUGUGCCGGUCCUGCUGACCGUGGCCAUGGCUGGCCUGGUGGUGUGGCGCAGCAAGCGCCCUGACCAGCUGCUGUGAGGCUCGGCGGUCAGAGGGGCCGCGCCUAGAGAGAGGGAAGGCCGGGCCGGGGGCUGGGGAGCCGCCCAGGACCCGGACCCGGACCCGGCGGUCGUGGGCAGGCGUCACCCGGCCCCGCAGCUCACUGCAGUCAUGCUGCUCACCCAGGCUCUUCCUCUUUCUUGGGCUGGGGAAGAAAACGCACCAAGCCCGGAGCCCGAAUCGCUGCUGCUGUGCCCGCUGCCCAGGCUGGGUGUCCAGGCCAUUCCUUUGCAGAGCCCUGCCUGGCCCUGGCCGGGCCUCCUGCCCUCACCCUGCCCGGUCCCUGGCUCUGACUCCACCUCCCAACCCGACCUUGACCCCUGUCCUGACUCCAGCCCCUGCCUGGCUCUGACUCCACCUCCCAACCCGACCCCACCCCCUGCCCUGACCCCACCCCUGUCCCGACCCCACCCCCUGCCCUGACCCCACCUGCUGCCUGGCUCUGACUCCACCUCCCAGCCUGACCCCACCACCUGCCCUGACCCCGCCCCUAUCCCGACCCACCCCCGCCCUGACUCCACCUCAUGCCUUGAUCCCAGGCCUGGCCCUGCUCUGACUCUACCUCCCAACUCGACCCCACCCCCUCCCCUGGCCACACCCCCUGUCCUGACCCCACCUUCCAACCCGGCCUACCCUCUACUGGCCCCACCCCCUGACCUGACUCCACCUCCUGCACUGGCCCUGGCUCCUCCCCUGGGUUGACGCCACCCCCCCCGCCCCCGGGCGCUGCCCUGGGCCUCCCUGGCCGGCCCACUCACACCUGAGCUGGGGUUGCAUAGAGUGUGAGUGCUGUGUUUGUAGGAUCUUGCUGCGCUGUGUCUGAGCCCUCCUGGCAGGGAGCCCAUGCACGGCCUGAGGACGGAAAACCCCGACAGACUGAGAGUCAGGCCGGGGUCCCCUGGCGGCCAGGCACCGCCUGAGACCUCUUGUCUGUGCCCCCAGCGCAGACCUCCUUCCCAGGCCCCAGUGAGUCAGGCCCCUCUGGGCUGGGGUCCCGUGAGCUGCGUGCUGGCUGAGCUCUGUACUGUGUGUGCUUUCUCUGAGUAAAGAGUCAUCCGCU